GAGGCGGGCGAGGAGGAAGACGUGAGAGAACCCUGAAGUCGUUCCUUUCCUUCGCGCAUGAUUUGAGAGAGAGAGGAAGAAGAAGGACGCGUUCCAUUCCUUUCCCCCUUCCCGUUCCCCUUCCGCUCCCUUCUCCUCCCCUGCCUCCCUGAAUCUUUCGCCAUGGAGUCCCCCGACCUGCACGGUGAUUCCUCUCCCGACACCGCCCCUCGGCGGUCGCAGCGCUCCAGAUCCCCACUCCUAGAUGAUAAGGAGAAACACACAUGCAUUAGGUUUCUUGUAAAAAAUGCGGCAGCAGGGUGUAUCAUUGGGAAGGGUGGAUCAACAAUUACCGAAUUCCAGUCACAAUCUGGAGCUCGUAUUCAGCUAUCACGUAAUAAUGAAGUCUUUCCAGGAACAUCAGAUAGAAUAAUAUUGAUUUCUGGGUCAUUUAGUGAAGUAGUAAAGGCGAUGGAACUGAUCCUGGAAAAAUUGCUAAAUGAGGUGGAAGAGAGUAAUGAUGCUGAAGGUAGAUUAAAUGUCAGGCUCAUUAUUCCUAAUAGCUCAUGUGGUGCUAUAAUUGGAAAAGGCGGAUCAACUAUAAAGUCUUUUACAGAAGAUUCCGGGGCUGGGAUUAAAAUAUCGCCUCAAGAUAAUAGCGCUGGCCUAAAUGAUAGGCUGGUUACCUUGACAGGAUCUUUUGAACAACAAAUGGGUGCUAUUUUUCUCAUAUUGGCAAAAUUAAUAGAAGAUGUUCAUUAUCCACCAACAUUAAACUCACCGUUUACAUAUUCAGGUGUUAGCUUCCCUGGUUUUCCUGGUGUUCCUGUUGGCUAUAUGAUUCCUUCUGUUGCAUACUGCCCAGUGAGUUAUGGACCCAACGGAAUUGAAGGAAAAUAUCCAAGUAAUAAGGGUGUGGGAUCACCUAUUAUUCCAUCACGAUCACCUCGUGGGCCCCAUGAAGGCCAGAGUAACUUGGUGACAAUUGGGAUUGCAGAUGAGCAUAUUGGUGCUGUUGUUGGUCGUGGGGGAAGGAACAUUAUGGAUAUUAGUCAGGUUAGCGGAGCUAGGAUCAAGAUAUCAGAUAGAGGUGAUUUCUUUUCGGGCACAUCAGAAAGGAAAGUUACAAUAUCUGGAUCAUCGGAGGCAAUUCGUGCUGCUGAGGCCAUGAUAAUGCAAAAAGUUUCAUCUAAUUCUGAGAGAUGACAAAACCUGUUGAUUGUUAACCACGCUGCAUAAACUGGACGGUUUAUUGAAACUGCUCUCGUGGGAGAAUCCUUAUUCAAACCAUAAGGCUGAAAAUUCUUUCAUCCAGGGAAUUUUGAAUGUCUUUUCAGGUACUGAUACUGCAAUUAGAAAUUGCCAUAGUGGAGAAUAGUUUUGUGGGAACAGGAAGAAUCUCGUCAGUAUGUGGAUUCUUCAAUCAACUAACUGUUAAGACUUCCAAGAAAUUUUGUGCAGUUUAGUCAACUACUUGCCAAGAACGAAUGGAACUGAUAGAUAUUGUACACAACUUGCUUUAUUGUUGGAUGGAAGGCUGCUAAUAAUGAUAUUCUUUACUUAUCAAACCUUCAGGUUCUUUUCA